GCUGCGUGCCCACAAAAUUACCCUCCAUCGGUGCAGGGAGACGGAGCCUCCGUCAGCCAAGCAAAAAGUGAGGGCUUGGUGGCCCGUAAACCUGCCAGCUCGGUCCGUUCGGGGCGCUGUGCCGAAAUGCCCCAGGCCGGGUGGCGUGUGAGAGUCAGCGUUUGUUUCUCCCAGCGCUGGAGGCUGGGCAGCCCGGGUCAAGGCGCCAGCCUGGGCGAGUUCUGCGGUGAGGACCCUCCUCCCGGUGCGGAGUCACCCCUUCUUGCUGCGUCCUCACGUAGGGGGAGGAGCUGGGGGUCUCUGAGGCUCUUCCUAAGGGCACUGGUCCCGUUCACGCGGGCCCCAACCUGGUGCCCUGAGCACCUCCCAAGGGCCCGGCUCCAACACUAUCAUCUUCAGGGGUUAGGAUUUCAACAUGAAUUUGUGGGGACACAAACGUUCAGACCAUAGCGCCUGCCUUCCAAGAAAUGUAACAGCACUUCUUUAGAGACAAGGAGAAUGAUCUUGGUCAGAUACUCGGAUCCAUAUAGAGAAAGAAGAGUGUCGAAGAAGGAAUAAGCGAAGGUAAAAUAAAAAGUGUUUUUUUUUUCUUAUUCUGAAUUGAUUGACAGAGAACCAUUUGUUCAAAAUAGUAAUACCAACAAUGUAUUCUAUCUGCGUAUCUUAUUUGUAUGUGUGUAUAUAUAUAUGCUUAUUAUGCUUCUAUAUAAGUGGAACCAAUGACCUCAAUGAUAGAAAGGACUGGAGGGAAAAAGUGGGCUUGUUUUGUUAGUAGAAGGUACUCACAGUACCUGGGAAGUGGUGUAGUGUUAUUUGAAAGUGGACUUGGAUUAGUUGUCAAUGUUGAUUGCAAACUCCAGUGCAAUGACUUAAAAAGUAAGAAAUAAAAAAAAAAAAAUUAAGUAUAACUGAUAUGCUAAGAAAGGAGAGAAAAUGGUAUCAUAUAAAAUGCUCAGUUAAAACCGCAAAAGGUAGAAAAAGCAUGGAAGACAAAAACUAGGAACAAAGAACAGGGGUAACAAAUGAAUAUGAAGAACAGCCCUUUCAGAACCACAAAUCUAUUUCAUUUGUAACAACAAAGCUUGUGUAAGUGAACAUAAGCGAGGCCACCUUGUUAAUGCUACAUGGCCCCAGCCCCUCCCUCUGUGUGACUGCUCAGUGCUCUGCAAGUACUCUGAAAAAAUUCACAUGCUUUCCUGAUUUAUCGGCUCUGCUUAUGUAUUUACUCCCUGAUAGCUUGAUAAAUUAAAACUUUGUUCUAUGAGUUUCUCUCUGGGAACAGGCUGACCACACGCGGGAAACACACCUAGGAGAUAUCCAUCACAGCUUAGAAAAGAAUGGAACAACGCGAUACCUUGAGCUCAUCACAGCUGAAGACCAACAUGCCUGGACCCCCUCCUCACUGCCCAUUUUCCCUAUCUACCUACCUCAAUAUCCUGUCUAUGGUUGGAGGUACUUCAUAUACUAUUUAAAUAUCUUUCCUGUCACCUGUUGUGUGCUGAGUUGUUCUUGUCCAGUACUGGCCACUGACCUGUCCUGUCCCUCCCUUAUGAUUUGGGCCUUCCAGGCGCAAUGUACUGGUCAGCUGUGGCUAGGAGAAGAGUCCUCUGUGCUUCACAGGAUGGACAUGACUCCAGUCUCAACAAGAUGGGCUCACAGGGGGCGUGACCCAGGUUGUUGUGUAGUGGAAGAUGGAGAUGCACCUUCUGAACAGAGCCUUUCUGUACAAGGAGAGUCACAGGUCGGGACUCUUAGGGCAGGCUCAUCUCCCCGGAAGUCCCAACCCUUUGAGAUGGGUGGCCUGAUCUUCAGAGAAGUUUUGCCCUUGGCUGAGCACCAGGGAACAUAUCUUGGGCAGGAAACAUACACAUGUCAGAAACAAUUCUAUCUCACUGCCAACCUUCAACAGGGGCAGCACAUUAUAGAGAAACCCUUCAGAAGUUAUGUGGACAGAGCCUCGUUUAUGAAGGACUGCACAGUCCCUGCAUCAGGGAAGUCCCUUACAUGUGAGGAGAUUGGGAAGGACUUUUUAGCCAGCAUGGAAUUUAUCCGUCAGUAUCUCACUCACACUGGGGAGAAGCCAAACAGUAGUGAGUGUGAGGCUGUGUUUCGCAGUGGAAAAAGUCAUCACAACUGGGGAGAAUGCAAGACAGCCUUCAGCUGCACGGACACACUUGUUCAGGACCAGAGAGUCCUUGCUGGAGACGGGCUUUAUGAGUGUGGCAAAUGUGGAAAAGCCUGUACCCGAAGAUGUAACCUCAUUCAGCACCAGAAAGUUCACAGUGGGGAAAGACCGUAUGAGUGCAGUGAAUGUGGAAAAUUCUUUACUUACUACUCCAGCUUCAUUAUACAUCAGAGAAUUCACACUGGGGAAAGGCCUUAUGAGUGUAGUGAAUGUGGGAAAUCCUUUAGUCAAAGCUCCAGCCUCAUUCACCACAGGAGACUACAUACUGGAGAAAGACCUUAUGAGUGCAGUAAACGUGGGAAAUCCUUUAAGCAGAGCUCUAGCUUCAGUUCACAUCAGAAAGUCCAUACAGGAGAAAGGCAUUAUGAGUGUGGAGAAUGUGGCAAAUCCUUUAGCCAUAGCUCUAACCUCAGAACUGGAGAGUUCACACUGGAGAAAGACCUAUUCAGUGCUGUGAAUGUAGGAAAUCCUUUAGCUGCAAAUCUGACCUCAUUCAACACCAGAGACUUCACACUGGAGAAAAGCCUUCCAUGUACAGAGGAUGUACAAUUUCCUAAUAUAAUUACACUGGAAGAGAGAACUUGUGAGGGAGCCAUCUUCCUGAAUUAAAGCCAAUGCUUAAACAAUCCACAGUGGAGAGAUUCUCCUUAAGUUCCAGUUAUGUGGGAAUCUUUAAGGAGCUGUGUUACACUUUCUAACCUGCCCAGGGCCCUUGUCAGGUUUAUGUCACUGCCAGUUUCUGUGGAAGACUUCAUUGCACUUUUGCCACCUGCCGGGUCCACACAGUGUGCAUCGGUUAUCACCCCAGUGGGCUUAGGGAAGCUGACCUCUAUCUCCUCCCCACUUGCUGGAGGAAAUCUUGAAUUCUGCUGCUUGUCAAUAAGGACCACAUUUUCAAGGACAACAUGUCUGUUUCAUGUGACACUUAUCUUGGAUUUUCCCAGCCCCCAAGUGGACAACCUGGGAGCUGCCUGCCUUGUGUUGCUUGGUUUUUGCAAUAAUAAAGGCAUUAUUGUUUAAGCCACCUUUGAUCUUGGGGUUCUGUUCACUGCAUGAGGUGAUUUGGAAACAGUUGGGCUCCGCCAGCAUUAAGGAGUGAACAGCUUUUGUGGGGCUCCAAUGCUUUGUGUGUCUGAGAGAGAGCAGUAUGAUGGAAGAAUAUAUCUCUCUUUUCAAUUUUGGCCUAAUUUACAUUGUUUCUCAAGAUCUCCUAGGAAAAACUGUAGGGUUUUGGGGUCCUAAUUUGUGGACUGGGUGUCAGGAUUUUUUGUGAGCUCAGAGAACAACCUGAAGAGCAGGAAGUUGUGACAACCUCCAGUGCUUCUGGGAACAACAUGAAUUAUUUUCUUGUUCACACUGGGUAUUAUAUAAUACUCAGCAAUGUUGAGGGGACUGUCUACCCCAGGUCCUACAAAGGAGCCAUGUGUCCUGAUGCUCCAAAUUCGCUAGGCUAGGGUCACUGUAAGACUACAGGGCCCUGGGGGAACCAUAAUUGGUACAGUAACACUGGAGUGGAGGAGACUGCAGUAAAUGGAAUGUGCCCCUCCUAAAGUUGUUCAAAAAAUACUCCAGUGACUGUGACUGUGAAGGAACAGUGUUCACAGAAGUUCUCAGGACCUCCAAGCAUAUGUAUGUUUUGUAAUUGAGAUAAUUGUCAAAGAAAAUAAAGCUAUUGGUUUUGUGGAUUCUCUUAGACUUUCUGGGGUAUUCACCAAAAGGCCAUUGCUACACAGGCCAUAGAUUGAAGUGAGAUCCCUUAGUCCAGUGAUGUGGCUCUGUGACCUAGCCAGCAUUCCUGUUGACCCAGGUGGAAACAAACUUCAUUGCUCAUCAAUAUUUGCUACCACUAAGACAAGGCUGCUCCUCCAAGGCAUUAGGAAAGAGAGUCAAUAUAGGAUUGCCAAACCUGAUUUUCUGAAAAGAGUAUGAGAUCUAGAUUUUUCUUUUGAACCAUUUUAUAAAGCUUUUUUCAGGUAUAGUUGACAUGCAAUAUACUGCACCUAUUUGAAGUGUACAAUUUGUUUAAUUUUGACAUACAUAUAUAAGCCCAUGAAACCUCUUCCUAAUCAUGAUAAUGAACAUUUCCAUCACCCCUAAUUUAACCUCAUGCCAUUUUAUAAACUGUCCUUCUCCUCUGCAGACCUCUAGGCAAUCAUUGAUUUACCUUCAUUUGUAAUAGAUUAGUUUGUGUUUUCUAGAAUUUUAUGUGAUUUGAUUCAUAAAAUAUUUAUU